UCGCACUAAUUUCACAGAUUUCCUCUAUUAUACCCUGCUUGAUAAGGGUAUCAGUGUUUUCAUAGACAAGCAAGGGAUUGAUGUUGGUGAAGAGAUCGGUCCCGAGAUUUUCCAAGCCAUCGAUGACUCGGAAAUCUGCAUUCCCAUCUUCUCCAGAGGCUAUGCCUCUAGUAGCUGGUGCCUACGCGAGCUGGAACACAUGAUGCAGCGUAGGAAAACCAAUGAACUUGAGGUUAUGCCCAUUUUCUAUGAUGUGGAACCCUCUGACGUGAAGCUUGAAACCAAAGUGUACAGGGAUGCACUAACUCUGCAUGAACAAAAACGUGUUAUUGAAAUUGUGCAGCGCUGGGUGGAGGCACUCGAGGAAGUUACUAGAAUCAAGGGUUGGGACACCAAGAAUACAGGCCACGGAGAACUCGCACGAUUGAUAGCUCAGAAAGUGUUAGUUAAGCUUAAGGUGUCUUGUGUUCAUAUACCCGAUCAUUUAGUUGGAAUGGACAAAUCAGUGAAUGAAUUAGUAUAUUUACUUAAUGUCGAAUCUAAGGACAUAAGGCUCAUCGGAAUUUGCGGGAUGGGUGGAAUAGGCAAGACAACUCUUGCCAAGGUUGUUUACCGGAAGGUAUCUAUUCAUUUUGAGAGCCAUACCUUCAUUUCAAAUGUCCGAGAAGCAUCUAAAGGUUUCGGUCUUAUAAAUUUGCAGAGGCAAUUAGUCUCUCAUAUCAUUGGUGACAUAGGAGUUGAACUUUCUAGCAUUGAUCAGGGGAUGAAUAUGAUCGGAGAUCGAUUUUGCAGAAAGAAAGUUCUUAUCUUCCUUGAUGAUGUUGAUCAUACAAGCCAGCUCAUGGCAUUGGCAGCAAAGAAAGAAUGGUUGGGUUUAGGAAGUAGAAUAGUCGUUACAACAAGAGACAAAAGUGUUUUAUAUUGAUUGCAAGAUCAAUUUAAUUGUUGUUUGAUUUAUGACGCUAAGGAACUCAACCGGCUCGAAGCUCUCCAACUUUUUAGAAAGCAUGCCUUUAGAAGCGACUCUACUCCAAAUGCAUUCUUGAGUCUAUCUAAGAAAAUUACUACAAAAACUAGAGGGCUUCCUUUGACUAUAGAAGUGAUUGGCUCAUUUUAAUAUGGAAAAAGGGAAGCGGUUUGGCAAGAUGCACUGGAAAAGAUGGAAUAUCAUCCUCAUAGGGAUGUGAAGGAAAAAUUAAUGUUGAGUUAUAAGGCAUUAGAUCAUUUGCAAAAGCAAAUAUUUCUUGAUAUUGCUUGCUUUCUAGAUGGAAAAGAUAAGAGUUAUUCACAUUAUAUGUGGGACAAUUGUGGAUUUUUUCCAGAUGAGGGGAUUGAUGUUUUGCUUUUAAUGUCCUUAGUGAAGAUUGGUGAAAGGAAUGAAUUAUGUAUGCAUGAUCAACUCAAGGACUUAGGCAAGAGCAUUGUGUACGAAGAAUGUUGCAAAGACCCAAAAAAGGGUUAUCGGGUGUGGUUGAAUGAGGAAGAAGGUCCUGAUAUUGUCCGGCAAAAGAAGGGAACCGAAACUGUUGCGGCGAACUAUUGGCAGUAUUACGCGCGUUCUCAAGACUUUGUUUUGACAUCGGAAGACUUUAUCGAAAUGCCAAAUAUUCGAUUUCUAGAAAUGUCUGGUUGUUCCCUCUCUGGAGACUUUGAGGGUCUCUUUUCGGAAUUGAGAUGGCUUACUUGGAACUUUUGUCCAGAAGAAAUGCAGGCAACCAACUUUUGCCCAAAAAAUCUAGUCAUCCUCAACCUAUCAAAUAGCAAAAUUGACGAACAUUGGGGUGGUUGGACUCAACUCAAGGUGGCUACAAGAUUGAAAGUCCUUGAUCUAUCUAGUUGCUGCUACUUAAAGGAAACUCCUGACCUCUCUGCAUAUUUAUUCUUAGAAAUAUUAAUUCUAAGCGGGUGUAGAAAUUUGUUAAGGAUUGAUCGAUCCAUUAGUUAUUUGAAACGUCUGAAGCAAUUGGAUCUAGAUGGAUGUCAUUGUCUCCAAGUCCUUCCUAAAGAAUUGGGUGCUCUGGAAGCAUUGACCGAGAUGUUCUUAGAUUUUGGCCAAUUCCCUGCAACUAUUAGUCAGGUCCCAAGCUCAAUUGGAACACUCGUAAAUCUUAAGCGUUUGGCCAUUUGUAGAGCUCCCUACCUAACGAAACUUCCCGACUCAAUUGGAAUGUUGAAAUGUUUAGUUGAGUUGGAUGUCUUAGACACAGGUAUUGCAAAGUUGCCAAAUACUAUUAUCAAUCUAAAGAGCUUGAAAGCAUUGAAUGUGAGCGGAAGUUGCAUACAAAAGUUACCCGAGGCAAUUGGGAUGUUGGAGAAACUUGAAGAGAUUUAUGGAAUGUGUUGCAAUUGGCUAGAGACCAUUCCUGGUGACAUCGUGAGACUACCAUUCUUGAAGAAUUUGAUAUUAACAGAAACUCAUGUGGGGAAUGUACCAAAGCUUCCUCAGAGUCUGAUAUGUCUACAUCUGUCCUCAAGAGCCUUAGAAAAAGCUCCAGAUAUCUCCAACCUUGUGAAUUUAAGGAGUUUGGAAUUGUGUUUUACCAGCUCAACCUCCAUCGGAAGGGAUACUAAAGCCAGUGCUUCUAUCAACCAAUGCAUAGCUGCCGUGAUGAUGUGGAAUUGGAGCACUGAAGUCGCACGGUGUAAAUUGGAACUUCCGAGUAUCUCCAGUAUAAGCUCAUAUUUGGGUUGCCUUUGCCAUAUAAAAGAACUUGAACUCAUCAAUUGCGAGAACUUGCGUCAGAUUGGACAACUUCCCUCUAGUUUGACGAAACUUAAGGUCGACAAUUGCAAUCUUCUUGAAGUUGUGGACCUUUCCAACUUAUCUGACUUCAAGAAUCUAAAGGACCUUGGAGUAUGGGACUGUCCGAAACUAGUUGAGAUUCAAGGUCUUGACCAACUGGAGUCACUGGAAAGUCUUGCAAUCAGACGCUGCAAUUCCUGGCUAUGCUUACCUGAUCUAUCCAACUGGAAGAAGCUAAAGACUUGGGACGUUGAUGCUCUUACGACAUAUUCGGCGAGGGGAAAACGAGUAGCUCAAAAUUAUCAUCCAUUCUGGCACUGGGAAUGGCAGAGGAGAUCAGCAAAUCUUGAAUUUUGAGGCGUGUAGGAAUUUGUCAUCAAAUAUAUAAAUAAUAUACGGACUCAUUGUACAGUGGUUACUGAAGCAAAAAAAACUGUGACGUUUACAUUUUUGUCAAGUAGCUCAAGAGGUGUUUCAGGCACUCUUCAA